CUUACUUUGUGACCCCCCUGUCUGGGGGUGAUGUAUGUGGAGAUCGCGAUGGAUUUAUAUAAAAUGGCGGUGAUUUGUCCCCAUCGUGCCUGCCAAAUGCAUGAGACAAGUACUCGGCAGGAAAGGAGCGAUUGUGGUUGGCCCUUGCCUUGUUUUUCUCUGGACUGUUUGCCAUUCUUUUUACAAGGACUCGUUGUUUGUUACUCGUCUCUCAGAAUAUCCGCUGUUUUAAUUCAAGUGCGAAUGGUUCCCUCUUCCUGCCAUCGUUCUGGAACGGAUAUUCUCGCCUCUCGGCGCGAACAAGGAUCGAUAUGGCAACCACGCCAGAUAACAUGUCAAAUAAAGCAAACCCAAAGCGGCAGUUGUACGCUGAUGUCGUUCAUGAUCCCGUCACCAGCGUCCUCCCUCAGGGGGACAUUCCCUACACCGACCAUGCAAUGGACAAUGACGAAGCGGUGAUCACGGCAUUGGGAUAUAAGCAGGAGUUCAAACGGGAGUUCUCAUUAUGGUCGACAUUCUGUGUGAGUUUUGCGGUUUUGGGGCUGCUCCCGUCGUUCGCGAGCACCAUCUACUAUGGAAUGGGAUACGCAGGGACGGCAGGAAUGGUGUGGGGCUGGAUUGUCGCCAUGGUGUUUAUUCAGUGUAUUGCAAUGUCCAUGGCUGAGCUUUGUUCUGCGAUGCCUACGAGCGGCGGGCUCUACUACGCAGCAGCCGUUCUUGCCCCUCCUGGCUACGGGCCAUUUGCGGCGUGGAUCACAGGGUGGUCCAAUUGGAUCGGUCAGAUCACGGCAGCCCCGUCGGUGAACUAUUCUCUAUCAGCGAUGAUCCUAGCAGCGGGCUCGAUCUAUGACCCAAGCUACACGCCCACUCAGUGGCAGGUCUUCCUUUUGACCACGCUCAUGAUGAUCAUCCACACGGUGAUUAGUAGUUUGCCCACGAAAUGGGUGGCCAGCUUCAACUCCUGGGGUUCCACAUUCAACAUGAUAGCUCUCGUGGCCGUCAUCAUUGCCAUCCCGGCGGGGACCAAGAACGAACCCAAGUUCACGCCCUCAAAAGACGUCUGGGGCACCAUCACCAACUUGACUGACUUUCCAGACGGCGUCGCUGUGCUCAUGACCUUUGUCGGGGUGAUUUGGACUAUGUCCGGGUACGACUCCCCGUUUCACCUCAGUGAGGAGUGCUCCAACGCGAACAUCGCUUCGCCGCGGGCAAUCGUCAUGACCUCGGGCGUCGGAGGUCUCAUGGGCUGGUUCUUGCAGCUCGUGGUUGCCUACACCGUGCUCGACAUCGAGGCCGUCAUAGACUCGGAUCUCGGGCAACCCUGGGCCUCUUACUUGCUGCAGGUUAUGCCGCGGAGAACCGCCAUGGGCAUCCUCGCCCUGACCAUCAUCUGCGGGUUCUCCAUGGGCCAGGGGUGCAUGGUGGCCGCGUCGCGUGUGACCUAUGCCUACGCGCGCGACGACUGCUUUCCACUAUCCAGGUGGUGGAAGAAGGUGAACCCGCGCACCCAGACGCCCGUGAACGCCGUCGUCCUCAACACCGUGCUGGGCAUACUCAUGUGCCUCCUAAUCCUGGCCGGCGACGUGGCGAUUGGCGCUCUAUUCUCCAUCGGCGGAAUCGCACAGUUCGUCGCCUUUGCCAUCCCCAUCUCUAUUCGGGUGUUUUUCGUGGGUCACCGUUUCCGCCGAGGGCCAUGGCACCUGGGUCCGUUUGGUCCGUAUAUUGGCGCGGUAGGCGUGUCUUUUGUGCUCCUGAUGGUCCCCAUCCUCUGUCUUCCCAGCUACACAGGGCGUAAUCUAACGCCCGAUGUCAUGAAUUGGACGUGUCUGGUGUGGGGAGGCCCGAUGCUGGCGGUGACCAUUUGGUGGGUGAUUGACGCGCACAAGUGGUUCGCAGGGCCCAAGGUCAAUGUCGAACAUAAUAUCCAUCCCAUCAGGGAGGAAUCCUCGAUGAUUGUGACUCUGGGGGAGGAGAUUGAUGGUAGUAGUCAACCAGUGGACACAUCGAGUCAGUCUAUGUGAGUGGUGGAUGAGACUAGCAUACCACCUGAACAAUACGAUCAACGUUAGGCACGAUGCCUCGAAGUCCGAUAGCCCUUAUGCUUGUACCUUUGGAUCGA